AUUUAGUUUAGAUCAAAGAGAACACGUGAUAACAGGUGAAAUAUUGUGUUCCUAAAAACGCCUUCGAAUAUUUUCCGUUCUAAUUCGGUGAAUCAUAAAUGAUCACCAGACGGUUAUGUCAGUAAAACUCGACACUAUACCAUACUUGCAGAUGGAGUACGCAGACCAAAUACCAAUAUCUCCGGAUAACAAAGAAGAAAGGGAAGAUGGUGAUUCAAAAAACAAUAAGAAAGGGCUGUCAUUUGUCACAGCUGCUUUUUUCAUUGUUGGAGAAAUGGCAGGCAGUGGAGUAUUGGUUUUACCAAGGGCUAUAGCAGAUGCGGGUUGGGCUGGUGUUUUUCUUCUGAUAUUUUGUUGUUGCAAUGCGUUAUAUGCUGGCAUUUGCUUGGGCCGAUGUUGGCAAAUACUUGAAGAAAGAUGGGAAGAAUACAGAAGAAAAAAUAGAUAUCCAUACCCUGCAAUUGCUUUUAGAGCCGGAGGUUCAAAAUUGAGGUACUUUGUCUCAAUUUGUCUCGAAAUUAAUCUCUUGGGAGUUUCAAUUGUUUUUCUUCUACUGACUGCUCAAUUGAUAUCGAAUCUGGCUGCACAGUGGGGUGUAGCAUUCUGCUACUGGGUCAUCAUUAUGGCAGUGGUUUUGUGGCCUCUCAUGUGGCUGGGAACUCCCGAAGACUUUUGGCUUGCCGCUGUGGCUGCAGUUCUAUGCACAGGACUUGCCUGCAUCCUUUUAAUAAUCGCAAUAGCUGAACAUGGACAGGUUCUGCCCUUCAAGCCGACCUAUCCUUCCCCUUCAGUGGAAUCUUUCUUCCUAUCUUUUGGAACAAUUUAUUUUUCUUUUGGUGGAGCAGCAUCUUUUCCUACUUUUCAAAAUGAUAUGGAAGACAAAACGAAGUUUCCAAUGGCAGCUAUAACUGGUUUUGCAAUUUUGUUCUUGAUGUAUUUUCCGGUGGCAGUUUUGGGUUACGAUAUUUACGGAUCCAAAGUGACUGACAGUAUUGUAGACUCUCUUCCGAAUUCCGGACUUAAAACUACGAUUAUAAUAUGCUUAGCUCUUCAUACUUUCAAUGCUUUCUUAAUUGUAGUCAAUGCCUCUUCCCAGGAAUUUGAAGAAAUGUUUAAGAUACCAAAGAAUUUUGGGUGGAAGAGAAUAGCCUGCAGAAGUGCAUUGCUUGCAUUUAUAUUUUUCAUUGCAUGCUCUGUUCCAAAAUUUGAUAAAGUUCUUAAUCUAGUGGGAGGAUCAGCAGUAACAUUAACAGCUUCUGUCUUCCCUUGCUUAUUUUAUCUGCUUCUGUGUGCUCAGAGAAGUCCCGAGUGGCCUGUCAGGCAUAUUCCGAUACAUGAAAAAGUAUACUUAAUAACAAUCAUUGCUUGUGGUAUAAUCGGAGGUAUUAUUGCAACAUAUUCAGCUUUUGAUGGUAUAUUGAAAAUGUCAUCUUUUAACCCUCCUUGUUAUGUAAAUAUAACAGCAGCUGGAAGAUUUUCAUAAAUACUGUCACGACCUACAGUUUGAAACUUCAAAUAAUCAUCAUUAAUCAUCAAAUAAUCAUUCAAUAAUUUAUCUCAAGUAUCAAUUUUAAUUUAUCAUAGAAAUUUAUAAUUUAUUCUUUCACCUUCAGCAUUUUCAUCGCCAUUUAUUGAAAAAUGUAUUUAUACAUUCCUUACAUUUCAUUAUCAUCAUCAUUAAUAUCUGAUAUUUUCAUCAAGUCUUAAUAUUGUUAAUCUCUUGUUAAAUAUGUUUUUAUUGUUGUUUUUAAAAAGAAUGAUAAUAAAGUCUUACAUUUUAUUAAGUAAA